ACCGCUUGUCAUUCUGCUUUUACUACAACGAAACGAACAUGGAGAUAAGUACGAAUAAACGACACUUUUUCUGAAGGGAACCGACUCAAAAUGUCCGACAACUGCGUGAAAAUGAAGCGACAGCCCCUGGACCCGGAACUGUCACCGACAAAUUUACGAACACAGCGGGAUUUUGAGCUUUUUGACGAAGAAUACCAGAAUACGUGAGGAUCUGUGCUGGUUUUGCCACCGACACAAAGCGCUCAUCGACGGGAAAGGCGAGAAGAUGGCGGCGGAGGCUCGACUGAGUUCGGACAGGACUCGGGUGGGUUUGCAGAAGGCAGUGGGCUGCGUGGAGAGAUUCGGCGGCGCUAUGGAGCGUUUCAGCGGGGCGGGGAUGGCUCUUCUUCCUUGGACCAGGCACAUGCUAGUGGUUUUGUGGGACCAGCUGCGGGUACUAGUUCAUGUCAUCUACUACACAUUUAUAUCAGUUUUCCAGAUGUUCCGGUUCGAGGUUCACGUGCGCAUCACCGACGACCCCUCGGUGACUACUGACUCCUCUGACACCUUCCUUUUCUCCACCCUGUUCUCUGAGGACACGGCGGCUGACCACACGGAGGCGCUGCUGUCCACUCUGAGGGGAGAGGAUCUGUGCUGUGAAGGAGAGGCAGGAAUCUUCAUGGGACGCAAACAUCCCUCUUCCUCUUCUUCUUCGUGGGCCGUGGGGGAUUGGAACUUCUUCGUGUCAAGUUCGGAGGGACGCUGUUCAGAUGAGGAUCGAAGUGGCACUUCCUGUUGGAGCAGUGAGGAAGAGCACAGCCUGGAGUUCGACUGUGACGAGAGCAAAGCAUUAUGGGAGUCUCUGUCCCGCUCCAACGACCCCUACGACCCUCUCUGCUUCUCUGCCUGCAUCUCCACACGAAGCAAAGGACUAUGGGAAACACGGUCCCCUGCCUCCUGUAGUCCUGUGUCUGAGUCAAACAAAAUGGAACAAAGUCAAAAGACACAAGAGACUGGGAGCAAAGCAUUCUGGGAGUCCACUGUUGCAGAUGCUUGUAGUACUGUUCUAGAGGAAAACCAAAGUGAAGAGGAGAGCAAAGGAUCUUGGGAGACUGAGUCCAAGUGCAGUGACAUUUGUAGUUCAGUAUGUGUCUCCCCUGACGGCAAGAGAGAGGAGAGCAAAGGUUUCUGGGAGUCUCAGUCCUGCUCUCCUGACACGUGUAGUCCACAGAACCACAGCGACGCUUUAGAUUCAGAAACCAGUGAAGACGAGGGCAAAGGAUCAUGGGAAACUGAGUCCACAAACCCCCUUCAAUCAGCGGAGGAGGAGGAGAGCAAAAGACUGUGGGAGAUGCAGCCUGGGCAGUGCAGAGGAGUCCCAGUGGGUCGGUUUUGGGAGAACAGCUCAGAGGAGGAGAGUGAUGGAGAGGAUGGUCCAGUGCAGAGGAGGACUCUGGCCACGCGCUCAGACAGCAUCAGCAGCUGGAGCUCGGAAAACUCUGACUGCUCCCAAACAUCAGAACAACAAGAGGAAAACUGUCUCCUCUGGGACCUGUUCUCUCAAAACCACGACCCCUUCAACCCCCUGUACUUCAGCGCCACCAGCAAGAGGAGGGAGGAGGAGAGCGACACAGAGGAGGAGAGGAGAGGGGAGGAGAACCACGUGGAGGAAGAGCUAUGGAGCGCCAUGACCAAAGAGCAGGACCCAUAUCACCCGCUCAACUUCACUGUGCUGCAGUGGAGAGAGGAGGAGAUGCAGAGAAGAAAGGGGAGAGAGGACGAGCCCAUCAGGAGGAGGAGGAGAGGAGAGAAGCCUGAGCUGACUCAGAGGAAGAUCCGGAGACACUCUCAUCCUCAGUUCAUCCUCUGUCCCUGGACCAAAGCCUUCUCCUCUGCACCCUCCUCUACACCAGCCCCCAACGGACCACCACACAAGCACAAGAAGGUGCGGUUUUCAAACGAGGUCAAAGUUCACGUGAUGAGGUCGUGGCGUUUUGCUCAUGAGGCGGCGAGGAGGGGUCAGUGGGAGGAGUCAGCGAGAGACCGAGAUCGAUUCAGGAGACGGAUCCAAGAGGUGGAUCGGACUGUGGGACCCAUCCUGAGACAAGAGCACAGGGAGAGGGUCUGGGCCAGAAUCAGACCAGGACUGAACCUGGACUAAACUGGGACUAAACCAACACCGGACUGGGGACUGGACCGGGGUUGUGGACUCUUGGACCUGAUGUGACCUCAGAUUUGCCUUAGACUCAUGACGUUGCCUCGUUCUCCAGAAAAACAUUUGUUUAGUUUUUGUUAUUUGUGCUCAGAAUGUUUGUUCGUUCUCUUUCUGAAUCAAUGGUUUUGAAUUAAGGAAAAGUUUGGACUCAUUUUGAGGAAGUCUGGACUCUGGGAGGGCAUCUGGGCUAAAACACAACCUCUCACAGACUCUACCUCAGAAUAUGACGAUGUAAUUAUGAUUUAAUGAAUCGAGUUUUUAUUGAAAUGUUUUUAGUGAUUGUGUGCAAUAUUUGUAUCUUUAAACAUUUGGAGUCAAAAUAUAAUUUAUUUUAUUUAGUUGUGACUUUUGCACAAAACGUUUUUAUGAAUGUUCAAAAACACUUGAAACUGCGAACAUGUUUUAUUAAAAUAAUGCUCUGAA